CUUUUCAAAUUCAAGAUGAAGGCGUUCGUAGCGAAAUAACUGAGCGAGGUAGAUGCUGAGAGUUUAGCAGUCAUGGAUGAAGACACGGGCCACCCCAGAGGUGAUGUCUGUCGUAUGCUACAAUCUGUCAUCUUACAAAUCUGUAAAGAACACUAUCAAGCUUGUGGUGAUGUGGAAGUAGAUGCCAUUAUUUGUUUGUCAACACUUAACUCAGAAAGUCAGGAUGUAGUGAAAAUUCACAAGAUUUUGCCUUCAAGCAAUUUUAAAAACAGACGGAAAAGGCUAGCCAAUCCACCUCUUGAACAAUUUCACAGAGAACAAGAUAGCAUUCCAAUUUAUAUCUCAAAGGAAUCGGACUCUAAUCCUUCCACUAAUUUUCAAAUUAAAGAGGAAGUUGAUAUAGAAUUUAUUGCACAACAAAACAAUGCUCAUUUGGAUGAAGGUGAAUUGAAAUCUGAGGAAGACCCAGACAGCCACAAUUCCUCCCUGGAUCACACCUAUAAUGAAAACCUCUCUACCAUCGAAAUGGAUCAAAAUCUUUUCAUUUUAAACCAGGAUGAAGAAACAGAAUCCACUGUUUCCCAACAUAUAGCCAUUAAGGAAGAACAUCAGGAAGCCCAAGAAACAAGACCACCCAACUACUCGAGUCGACCAAAGAGGAAGCAAAAUCCAAAGAGAAUUGUUCGUGUACAAUAUUUCCAAAACAGUUUUGAAAAAGAUCAUUGCACUCAUGACAAUGAAACUGAAAAUUCUUUUCCAGAUGAAACGGUUAAUGAAAGUGAAUUUAUGAGUCAAAAAUGCGUAAUUGACGGCAGUGAGGAUGGAGUUGAAUGUGAGGCUGCGUACUCUGUGGAUGAUAAGCCUGUAUGUAAUUACGCGGACUCAGAGAUCGAUUUAGAUCUAACAACUGAAACAGAGCCCAGUCUGCCAGAAGUGGAAGUCCUCGAUCUGUUACCAGAACUUCCAGAAAACACUCGAGGUGAGAAAAUUUCCAGGCACAGGAAUAAAAAGAUUUCUUUGAAUGCGAUCCACAACAAAAGCAAAGUCUUCAAGUGCAGUAAAUGUGGAUCAGGCUUCAGCAGCAAGAAGUCGCAGAUGCGACACGAGCGCUAUAACUGUGGGGACAUUCCUCAUUUUGAGUGCAAUGUGUGCGGCAAGUUUUAUUCCAGGGCAGACAGUAAAACAAGGCAUCUCUGGAAAAUACACGGCAUUAAGAUAUCAACCCCUGAUAAAAAUAACCCCAUGGACUUCCCAUAAAAUAUGCAAGGUGCAACUGUGUCAAAUUUAUAAAUGUAUAUUGGAAAAGUCAUGAUGAUUUCAUUUUAUAAGUAAUGUAGAUGAGUAAGCACAAUGUCAUUAUAGAUAUUUUCUGUUGUUUCUGAAUAAGAUGUGAACAUAAUUGUUUAGGAUAGAUUUUGUAGAAAUAUUAUAAGAUUGUAAAAUAUUAUUUAUACUGCAAAGUAAGGUUUAAAUUUUGUGAGAUUUUAUUUAUGUGAAUUUGCUUUGCCAGGUCUUUUAGCGAAACAUAAUUUCUGUGAAUUUUGAUUCAAUUUAUACAUCACUGCUUGCAGAUUUUAAAAAUAAUUCGUGGGAAAUUAAGAAAAUAAAAUUUUUGCAAAUCAGAUGUUGAAUAUUGACAGUAGUUUGUACAUACAGGAUUUUGUCAAGUGAACAAAUUGCCAUGGAAUCAAUAAGAAUUCAGGUGGUUUGAUUUUGAAUUUUUAGGCUCCUGUAUGAUGUCAUGGGAUUUACACCCCCCUGCUAAUUGUACUUGUAUACAUUUUUCACCUUGUAACUUUUGCCUAGAUGCAUUGAAAAGUAGUUUUAGUCUAAUUCAGAUUCACUCAAAACCAUGUACUGUCGACUUAUGUAUAGUUUCCCGGAGUCAUAAUUUUGCAGAUUAAUUUGGUUUGGUCUGUGUGUGUGAAAUUCCGCUGGGUUGUAUACAGCUUACGUAAAAUUAGCUUACAUGCUUUAAAUCCACUGGUAUGGAAUGACACAGAUAUCAUGGGACUGUGCAGACUUAACAGAAAUAAAUACUGCACGUAAAAAUUAUGUUUACCAGGGCUCGAAAUUAACAUAUGCCUGUCAGUCUGUGACUGGCUAAAAGUCUGGCGGACUGACCGACAUUUGUUUUAGUCAGUCCGAUGGGACUGGUUAAUUUUCUAAAGCAUCAUUUUGGAAAAUAUACUUAAUAUGAAAUUUUAUACACAUUUGGCAUGCUUCGAUCUGUAGAUAUCAGACGAAUCAGAAUUUUUUUAUUCUGAUUCGUAAGUAUAAAUUCCAUAUUUGAGUGUUACAAUAUUGUCUGAGGCAUAUUGAGUUGGAUUUCAUUUUAAUAACAUCAACGAAAUAUGUUUAAUUAUUUCUGGAAAACUCUGUGUUGGACUGGUAAAUUUUUCUGCGGACUGGUUGAAAUUAUACCCCAUCAGUCUGGCUGGACUGGUGACAUAAAAAGUUAGCUUCAAGCCCUGUUUACAGUAAAUAAGAUACUUUGUUAUUGUCUUGAUAUAUAGAAUAUAUUUGAGCAAGGGUAAUAAAGUAUGAUAGUUGACAAGACUUGGGAAGCCCUCUUCACAUUUUGGACCUGAUUCCUAAUGUCACCUAUAUAUUGAAACAGUAUCCAUGUGUUCAUACUGGAACAUAAUGCCAAGUCAUACAAGAUUUGUUGUACCGAAAAUUGCUCAUUGUACAUCAGAAAGGUAACACAGAAAUGUUGCUUUGGUGCGUGUGUCUCCAACAUCACAAUAUGAACAGUGAAAAACAUAUGACAGUAAAAUAGAAGACAGGAAGUGACAUGUAUAUCAGGGCAUUGAUGGAGUAUAAAUGUGGUUUAUUGGUUUACCUUUAAUGGGUUGGUGAAGAGGGUAGUUAUACUCCAUGCAACGAGUUGUGGUGGAUACAUGUAUAAAGUUUAUGACCUGUUCUUGUUGGUGCAACUCAUCUGAAACUGCUUAGCAGAAUUUAAGUUAUAUGCACAUUUGAAGGAAAUUCUGAUUUAAUUGUUUUCCACUGGGAGUCAUGCCUGUCUUAAACAUAGAAGUUUUGCUUAAAUCAAAUAUUCCACUGAAACAACUUGUCAGUGCAACUCCUCUGAAUUGAAUUUCAUAUAACUUUUUUUUAUGGUUAUAGUAUUGCACUGUAUUGCAGUGUAUAUGUGCAGGAAAUUCUUAUUUGAUUUUUUUCCUGGGAGUUAUGCCCCUUUUGAACAUGGCUCCUUUAUUGACCACAUAUACAGAAAGAAAAAUGUAUAUGAUAAUAAAGUAUACCAGCUCCAUAAGCCCAACAUGUUGCCAUUCAAAUAAACAUUAAGAUGUAAAAGUGAUUUGUUGUAUUUGGUGUAUAGCAAUGCCAUUCAUUGUGGGGGCAAUUAGGAUAUAUGAGCUUGCUCACUUUUUCUCUUUGAAGGAUAAAAAGUUAAUGUAGAGUAAAUUUAAUGAGUGAAUUUAUUUCACCGAGUUUUAAAUUUGCCGUUUUAAGAUAAGGGUAUUAAGUGGUGAAAUUUUGAAAUGUUUCGAAGAUAUUCGGGUAUAUAGUUUUAGUAAUACAUGAAUUAUAUAAUGAAAAGAAAAUCUAAUAUUAAUCAAACUGGAUUUUUUCUCAGAAAAUUACAAAAACUGGUUCCACGAAAAUACUGCUAACGUUAUUUGCUGAAAUAUAAUGUGGUAUUUUCGCUGUGACCAUGGCAAUUCUGGUUUCAUUGUGACCAGUUCUGGUUUUACUGUAGGCCAAAACUGGAACUAGAACUGCAAUGAAUGAUCAUGAAUACUUUAAAUUUGUGUACGGUUACUAUGGUAACUGAUUUCAUAGACUGUGAAUGCUAACUACCUCAGUGUCAUUUCCUUCAGAAGAUGUCCUUGACCUGUGUAAUCAGAGAGGUGUUGAGUCAAAUUAAGAAUGUCCUCUUUUUAUAUUCUCGUUUGUAGAACAUUUUGCAUGUGAUUUUCUUUUUUCUUUCAUUAAAUACAUAAUAAAAUUGUAAAGACAGCAUGAUACUUCCGAGAACAAUAUGUCAGUUUGCAGAUUUACAGCAGACAUGUGACUUCUCAAGAUAGAUUUACAGCAAAUGUCAUGUGACUUCUUAUUAAGAAAGAUUUACAGCAGAUGUCAUGUGACUUCUUGUUAAGAUAAAUUAACAGCAGAUGUCAUGUGACUCCUCGUUGAGAUAAAUUAACAGCAGAUGUCAUGUGACUUCUUAUUAAGAUAGAUUUCAACAGACGUCAUGUGACUUCUCGUUAAGGAAUCUUGUAUCUAUAUACAACUUAAAGUUUUCUGCCUGUACUAAGACUGUGGUGUGUGGUGUGUAUAUGCUGGGAUAUAUUGAAUAAUGUUAUGAAAGUCUUACUUUUCUAAAUGCUCAAACAGGAGUACACAUAUUCCUCCACAUCCAUGACAAAGGGGAGCCACAUUGAAGUCUGUUUCUAAUCUGUACAUUACAUGUUUACACUUCAAGUCUUCUUUUGGGUUAAGAUGAUAUCCAAAGUUGAAUAUAUAUGUUUAUGAUAGUAUUUCAAGUUUUGUGCCAAAGUGAAUGGCUGCAAAAUCGUGCAUACAGUUUAUAAAAUAUUUGAAAUGCAGUACCAUCACCCUGAUUUUGUUGUUCAUGAAGCUGUCAAUCUACAGAUCUUUAUAUGGUUUGCUAUAUCCAUACAGAUCUUUUAGCACAUAUAUAUUUUGGUGAUCAUAUCAUUUUAUUUUUUAUAGACAUAGAAUUUGAUUUAUAGAUAGGAAUUUUCGUAUUUAUAUUGUUGUUUUUCGUUUGUAAAGAAAUUGUGCAUAAUGUUGCCAUUGUGUUGAAAUGAUUAUUAAAUCUUGCAUGCUAGGUACUCAUUUCUCCAAAUAUUUUCAAGAAGUACCAAAUAUGAAAAUAUGAUAUAUGAGAAUAUCUUAUUCAAAGUCUGCCUUGAGUUUAGAAUUAACUGUUGUAUGAAAUAUUAAUAAUAAUAAUACCAUAUUUAUAUAGCACCCUUUUCAUACACUAUGUACGCUCAAAGGUGCUUUACAAUGCAUAUAUACCUUACAACAGAAUGUUAUACACAUAAUACAUAGAAAAUAAAUAAAUAAAACUUUUAUUAAUUAUUGAAAUGCAGUACCAUCACCCUGAUUUAAUAAAAUUAAUGCUAUUUAAGAUGUGUAUCAUUCAUUAUGUAUCGUGAUAAUGAUUAUGUUUCAUGAUAAUGAAUUAUUGAUAGAAUAUUUGUUUUUUAAGUUGCUGUGAUGACCACAUGAUUAUAUUUAUUAUUUUCAUAAACUUAAUUAUCUGUUAUUUGAUAUUAGAAUUCCUUCUCACACACCAGAGUCUUGGUCUAUAGAUAACAUGUACAUUCUGUUGACUGAGGCUAUGGUAGCAGCAGACCAGUAGCUCAAUGGUAAAUCUUAAAAAUGGGUAUGAGAGAAUGUUGUACCAGGUAUAUCAUGACUAUAGGUUGCAAAAGGUGAAUUUCUUAAAUUUUCAAGGUUUUUAUUUUAGAGAACCUCCCCAUUCUGUUUAGUUUUCCAUUGUCUUUACCUGAAUGCAUUAUUUGAAUGAGAAGAUGUACAGUAUGAUGCAAUGCCCCCACAGUGUACAUUUAUUUAUUUACAUCAAUUUAAAUAUCAUUCUUGAAAAUCUGUUGUGAUUCUUAUGAUGGACAUUUUUAGCAUGUUGUAUUUAUGUUUAUAAACAUGUAACUGUGUGUUCUUUAUGUACAAGGCCAUUCCAUAAUAUUAAAUUGCUAUUACAUGUAA